UUUUCUGUGUGUGUGCGCUUAUCGGUUUGUGUUGGAAAGACAUGAGACGGAGUUUACUGAAGAGGGCAGGUAUCCGGAGCAGCCAGCCAAAAGUUUUUCCAGUGGACGAACGGGAUUUACGCGUCGCAACGGGAUUAUAAUCUGAAAACGUCCCCAGCAGUCAUGGAUGUAAGAAGAAACACGGAGGUGAGCGGACGGUUUGCAGACAAACAUGACCGCCAACAAGAACGCGAAGGCUGUGCCCCGAGCAGGAGGGGGUAAAGCUGCGCGGGACGCCCCUGACAGGAGCCAGUCUGCAUCCCCGUUCCCGGCACUUUCUGCCAGCCAGGGGCAGAACCAGCAGCCGGUCCUUAGCGACGGCGAGAGCAAGCAGACGAAGUACGUCAGGACCGACGGCAGGUUCCUGCUGCGGGCCGGAUGGAACGGCAAGACCGCUAGCCUGUGCAGCGGCGCCUCUCUCUCAGGCGACGCCGACCCCCAGGGCCGGUUCUCCAAAUCUAAGAGCAUCAGCUGUCUGGACAACAGGCUCUCCAUCUAUAAGCCCCCUUCACAAACCAAGUCCUGUCAGGAGAACCAGGGGCUUCAGGAGCAGAAGGAGAGUCAAGGGGAAGUGCCAGUAGGAGUAGGACUCAAUGGUAGGCCUCUGAGCUGGAGCACGUUCUCUCUGGGCCCGUCCUCAAACCAAGGCCACAAACGCACCCUUUCUCUCACCCACUCGGAGGCGGGUGUACCCCCCACCACAAUCCGUAAAAAGAUCUCAGAAUGGGAGUGCAGGCGGCUGUCUCUGCCUAGGAUGAACCUGUGUCUGGAUAAACGAGGAGGGGAGCUGGUCGGGGGUAGCGAGGGCUGCCCGAGUCUGCUCUCUUCUCCCUGCAGCGAGAAAACCUUCGACUUUAAGGGGGUCCGCAGGAUGAGCACGGCGUUCUCCGAGUGCUCCUACGCGGGGACAGGGGACGAGGAAGGAGUUUCAGACAAAGAGGGCCUGGGUCGUUUCCAAAAAAGGAAAGGCAAGACAGAAUCCUCCGGAGGGUUCGUGCGCACCCUGUCCGCGCGCAAGGAGACGUCGGCGGUGCUCAACAGGAUACAAAAGAUUGAGCAGGCCCUGAAGGAGAACCCCAGCCCUGCUCCUCCUCGGUAUCUCAGUAACUGCUACGCUCCAGACAAGACGAGGCAGAAGUCCUUCGUCAUAGGCGAUGACUUGGACAGCACAUGCGCCAGUAAGCGCAGCAGCAUUUGCUCCGUGGCCACGGAACCAGACACGACUUUGGUCCCUGACAAGCUCUCCAGGCUCAGACAAAGGUUUAGCGUGAGCUCAACCAGGUCUGAGAGCCCGGAGCCACCGGGCCAACAGACUCCCGUCGGCACGCAGGUGAACCCCGUACCGAAGCCCAAACGCACUUUUGAAUACGAUGCCAAACGGGACCAGAAGGACGUUUUGUCAGCCAAUGGAUUACCUCCGGACAGACCCUCAGAGUCUCCCCCGCCUCUGCCCUCCACUCCCGCACCCAGCAUCACGUGGACCGCAAAGCGUGAGGGGAGCAAGCCGGUGAGGAUCCAGGACAGAGAGUCAUGUGAGUCGGAGGAUGCUGCCAGCCUGCCGUCUUCGUAUCCCUCCUCCCCCACAGAGAACGGAGUGCUGACCGCAGACCCCAAGAGUCGACCCAGCUCCAAAAGCACUUUAGAAGAGAACGCCUAUGAGGACAUAGUAGAGAAGGAGAAUCCCUACGAGGAUGUUGACCUGAAGCGGAGGAGUAUGAGUAGGAAGUCUGGUCUGUCGGAGAGCAGCCGAUCUUGGACGACUAUGGACAGAAAGCUUAACUCCCCGCCUCAGUUGCCUUCCAAACCCAGCAGCCAGUCUCUCCGCCUCCCUGGUCCAAGCGACCGGAAGAGCCACCGCAUGUCCCAGUUGUCCAAACGCUACAGCCACGAUGAAAUGCUGCUCAUCCCCCAGAUCGGCAUGUCGUCGUCCCCCUGCGGCCUGCUGGACGACGGCCUCUGUGGCACCAGUGAUUCCCUGCCUUCACGCAGGCACUGGAGGAUCCCCAAGCUGGUCCAGAGGAUCAACUCCAUUUACUGCACUAAACGAGGGAAGAAGAGGCUAAAGAAGCUGUCCAUGACCAAUCUUGAGACAGCAUCUCUCAGAGAUGACAACAGCGAGAGUGAGAGUGACUCGGACGACAGGUUCAAAGCUCACACCCAGCGGUUAUUGAAGCUGCAGUCCAUCCUCCGGCGAGCCCCGAGCUACCGUACGCUGGAGCUGCAGCUCAUCGAGUGGCAGGAGCGAGAGCUGUUCGAGUACUUUGUUGUUGUUUCUCUGAAAAAGAAACCUGGCAAGAACUCCUACACCCCGGAGGUCACCUAUCAGUUCCCCAAGUUGGAGAGGCUGACCAAGCAGAUGAGGGAGGCGGAGCAGAGGCUCAAAGCUAUUCCUCAGUUCUGCUUCCCAGACGCCAAAGACUGGAGUCCUGUCUCCGAGUACGCCAGUGAGACCUUCUCCUUCAUGCUAACCGGGGAGGACGGCAGCAGGCGCUUCGGGUACUGCAGACGCCUCCUGCCGACGGGGAAAGGACCUCGCCUUCCAGAGGUGUACUGUGUCAUCAGCCGGCUGGGCUGUUUUGACUUGUUCUCCACGAUCCUGGAUGAGGUGGAGAGACGCAGAGGAAUCUCGGCAGCACUGGUUUAUCCCUUCAUGAGGAGUCUGAUGGAGUCCCCCUUUCCUGCACCAGGGAAGAUUAUCAAAGUAAAGACCUUCCUGCCCGGUGCAGGAAAUGAGGUCAUAGAGCUGAGGCGACCCAAUGACUCUAGACUGGAGCACGUUGACUUUGACAGCCUGUUCAGGUGCCUCAGCGUACGGCAGGUGAUACGCGUCUUUGCCUCGCUGCUUCUGGAGCGCAGAGUCAUCUUUGUGGCUGAUAAACUCAGCACCUUGUCCAGCUGCAUGCUCGCAGUGGUGGCGCUGCUCUACCCCUUCUCCUGGCAGCACACCUUCAUCCCUGUGCUGCCGGCGUCCAUGUUGGACAUCGUGUGCUGUCCCACCCCUUUCCUGGUGGGGUUGCUGUCCAGCUCAUUGCCUAAACUCAAAGAGCUGCCUGUAGAAGAAGCUUUGAUGGUUGACCUUGGAACUGAUCGCUUCAUCCGACAGAUGGAUGACGAGGCUUCGCUGUUGCCACGAAAACUUCAAGCAGCUCUGGAGCAGGCGCUCGAGCAAAGGAAUGAGAUCAUCAACCAGGACUCUGACAGCGAGUCAGAUGAAGAGUAUAACUCGUUGAACAGCCUGGUGUCGGAGGCCUUCAUCCGCUUUUUCCUGGAGACGAUGGGGCAUUACUCCCUGUUCAUCACUCAAAACGAGCGCGGAGAGCGCGUUUUCCAAAGAGAGCCUUUCCGCAAGUCUGUGGCGUCCAAGAGCAUCCGUCGCUUCCUGGGAGUCUUCAUGGAGUCUCAGAUGUUCGCAGGGUUCAUUCAGGACCGGGAGCUGAGGAAAACACGGGCUAAAGGGCUGUUUGAGCAGAGAGUGGACCAGUAUCUGGAGGAGCUGCCAGACACGGAGCAGAGCGGAGUAAACAAGUUCCUGAAAGGCCUGGGGAAUAAAAUGAAGUUUCUCCACAAAAAGAACUGAAAACCUGGACGUCUCUGCUUCAAGAUGAUUCUCAGACCUUCUUUUUUGUGCCUUUUUUUUAAAUGAAAAAAGUAAAAAUAUGUACAUAAUAUUUCACUGUAAGCUGUGAUACUCUUCAGUGUAUGUUUAUAGUUCCUAUAUGAGACAGUGAUUGCAGGACGGUACACAGCGACUGAGUCGUAGAGUAACCACUGAGAUCCGGGUGUGCAUGUGAGGAGCGUUAUCAGAGCGAGUGUAUGUUACUUGAUACGGAUGUAGAUGUACAGUUCAUGUGUUUUAACGCAUCAUUAUUUUUGGAUAAUUUUUUUUUGUCCUCUGUUUAAGGAGUGUAUUCGAAAACUGUACAUGCAUCAAGAUAAUGAAGACAAAUUAUUUUAACAGUCUCGUGCAUCUGUUAUUAAACAUAGCCGUCUAAGUGCUUUAAAAAUA